AAACAUGUCCCUGCCGAUACAGCAUCCUAUGGUUUAGUACAUUCAUCCGGGCUCCCUUAACAUUUUCAGCGCAGUCGCAGAAGUCAUUCUUCAUUUUUGAGGCACUCUCAUUCUGUAUAACCGAAGUUUCCACGAAAUAUUCUGCAUUUACAGACUUUUCAGUAAAGUAGCCCAGCUUCAGACCAGCUUCAGACUACGACAUAACUUUUAGCUUAAUCUUCAUUUACUUGUGGAAAAACAAAAUGUCUUCGCUAAACCACAGUGGAGAAGAAUCUUCUGAGUGCCCUCUCUGCAUGGAACCUCUUGAAAUGGAUGACCUUAGCUUCUACCCUUGCACUUGUGGUUACCAGAUAUGUCGUUUCUGCUGGCAUCGAAUAAGGACAGAUGAGAAUGGGUUAUGCCCAGCUUGUCGGAAGGCAUACCCUGAAAACCCAGCUGAUUUCAAACCUCUUUCGACUCAAGAGAUGCACCGCAUCAAGGCUGAAAAACGUCAAAAAGAUCAACAGAAGAAGCAGAGAGCAACAGAAAAUAGAAAACAUUUAGCUAAUGUGAGGGUAGUUCAGAGGAAUCUGGUAUUUGUUGUUGGACUCUCCCCACGGCUAGCUGAUCCAGAGGUUUUGAAACGGCAUGAGUACUUUGGUAAGCUCGGGAAAAUACAUAAGGUAGUCAUCAACCAUAGCACUCAAUAUGCAGGCUCCCAGGGGCCAAGUGCUAGUGCCUAUGUCACUUACAUACGAGGAGAGGACGCUUUACGAGCGAUACAAUCGGUUAAUAACAUUACCGUUGACGGUCGAACUUUGAGGGCAUCUUUAGGGACAACCAAAUACUGCUCACAUUUUAUGAAAAACCAAGUCUGUCCUAAACCAGAUUGUAUGUACCUUCAUGAAAUUGGUGACGAUGCAGCUAGUUUCACCAAAGAAGAAAUGCAACAAGGUAAGCAUACGGACUACGAGCGGUUGUUGCACGAGCAGCUCCUAUCGCCCUGUCUGAACCACAAAGAGGGCCGCAGGAAAGCAUCAGCGUCACCUCCAUUAAAAGAGGGAGCUUCCAAUGCAACGCAAAGUGGACCUAAGGAUGGUUGGCCUUCUCUGCCUCCCGGUUGUUCCACGGCCAAUCUUCCUAGCCUUAGUACCUCAGUUAAAGUUGUCGUGCCGAGUGUCAAGAGUGAACCGCCGUUGACCAAAGAGAAGAGCGGAAAAAUCAAAGCAAAGCCAACGCAGCAGCCCACGGUACAUUUACCAGUGGCCGUUGUUCAGCCGGAGGAAGUUACCUUACCCCAAGCUAAGACAAACAGUUCGAACCGCAAGACCAAAGAAAAAACAGUUGUGACUGCAGUGUUAACUGCGGUGUUAAAUCCCACUGCUCCUGUUGCCGCACAGCCAACGAAGCCGGAACGACAAAGAUCAACCUCGCUUUCUCCCGCUCUCUCUACAUCCUCCAAUCCGACACCAACACUAAUUUCGUCAUCGUCAUCGCCGUCAUCGUCACAAGACAGUGGCUUCUUGCCUUCAAACCAACACGAAUUCGAAAUUCUUAAGCAAGGCGCUUCAAUGGCCGCAGAAGAAGAGGAAAUUGAUCGAGCAAGAGAUGAAGCCGAUGAUUAUUUCGACCCUGCCGGAAAUAAAGUGUCGGGAAAUUCUGCUAGUUUCGCACACUCCAUUCUUGAUACCAACAACAGUAGUAAUAGCCACAGCUUCUUUUCUACUGGGCCACUUCCAGCUUACACAGCGCAGUCAAACGGCACAUCACCAUCUGGCUGCUGGUUAGCGAAUGGUGCCGAAGAGGAAGCGAUAACCUCCACGCUCCCCAAUCAAAGUGCAGCCGAUUGGCAGUUGGCGUUUAACGAUCUGGCAUCGUCUUCACGCCUGGUUCCCAGUGUGACUCAAGUGGAAGAUCCAAGCAGUCAUCAGCAAAAGAACACUGACGACGAUUUGGGAUUUGAUCCCUUCCACGAAACGCAAAAGGCUUUGGCGGAAAUGCUGGAAAAAGAAUCAAUCUCAAGCCUACCCAAUGGUUCAUUAUUCAGCAACGGUUGUAACAACCUGGGUUACUCUGGCCCCGUCCAGAGUCUCUAUUCCAACCCGCCAGUUCCUCCGUCAAUGGCCCGUCACAGUCCAAGUUUUAGUUCCUUGGGACUAGGGCUUGGGCUGGGCGUCGGCGUAGCACCGCAGCCACAGCCCACGCGUACAAGAAUUCCUCCUCCGGGUUUCAAUCCGACUCAGCAUCUCCCUGGGUCAGUGAAUCAAGGUGGUGUCAGUCACUUUGGUUUGAGCCUUCCAAACCUCAGCUCAAAUCGGCCAGUUAAUCGCCUAGACAUGGGCACCAGUAAAAUGUUGCCAUUUAUGAACAAUCAGAGCACAGCAAACGGUGGUGUGAAUGGUCCUUCGACAGGAUACGGUCCCCGUCUUUAUCACGAGUCACCGUCGUUAAGUUUGGGAAUGUCAGGAAUCGGAGGCAUGAGCAGCGGCGGCAUGAGCAGCGGCGGCAUGUCAUCAAACAUGAGUUAUAUGGGCGGUCAAAAUGGUUCGCUAAGUCAUAUGUCAAACAACAAGCCUCAAGGAUAUAGCACUGGAAUGGGCAGCAACAUGCCCUAUUCUAAUGGUAGCAAUAGCCUUGGCCUUGCAGCGAGCAGCAUUGGCGACACUGCACCUUCUAUGAAGGACUGGCAAGAUGGGCUACGAGCACUCUUUCCCAAUGUCAACAUUUCCAUGGGUAAUGGAGGCGCCACGAACAGUAAUGGCAAUAGCAGCAACCAUGGUGGCCGCAUAGGUGCCUUUCCGCCUGGACUAUCUGGCCUAGGCAACAGUCAACAACAGACGAUGCACCAUCAGCAUCAUCAACAUCAACUUGCUCAGCAACCGAAUAACUUGGCUACCAAAGGAUGGAGAAAUAAUGGUUCAGAUUGGACAUCCCUAGACCCAGCCAUUGUUUCGAGUGGUCAGAUAACCGAUUCCCGAUCCGAUUCGCCUCCACAUUGGCUUCGCUCCCUGGAACAGCUGACAGAAACGGGGAACAGUCCGGCACAGCAGCCGCCUUCGAACCCUUCCAAUCUUUUUGGCCUGGCCAAUUCAACUCACUACACAUUGCCUUCGUUAACCGGCCGUAGUAACGUCACACCCGCAUCCGGUUUGGACGGAUUGAAUUCCAUGGGCUCCUUCUGGCCACCAUCGGUCUCUCACACUACCCCCUCCAUGCCUCCUCCUGGUUUCAGUCACAUCAGACCUACCCCUAAAACAGCAUCAACGGCAGAGACACACAAAAUUGACAAUCUCUGAGGUUGGUGUUUGCCUAGGUGUUGCAUUUGUUAGGGAUUGGCAGUGAUACUAUCGUUAUUUUGAAAUCCUUUUGUGUCUAUUUCCUGUUCACAAUUUUUUGUUUAAUUUAUCCUCAAAUUUCUGAUAUGUUCGACUUCGACUCCCCUCUGCUCUUCUUAUUAUCUAAUUCUUCUCUCCGCUGCAGUACAUCCCGUUCAUCUUUUCUUUCGGUCUUCGUCAUUCUACCUUCUUCCCCUAUCCUUUUCGUUGGUUUUGGUUUUUUAUCUUACAUCCAUCAAAAGAAGUUUAAUUAGAAGUUGAAACAUUCGGGAAUCGUACUUUUUCCUGAAAAUAAAAUGAUUGAGGAAACGUUCGACUUGAGGAGGAUCAUCGUUUCUUGCACAAGAUAUUAUAGUUUCCUUUUGGGAUGUUUGAGUGAUCCGAAACUGUUUCUUUGCAUGUUGCAACUUUCUCGUUACUCAUUUUUGGUACAGCGCAUAGCUACCUAGAACAUCCAAGAUCCCUUGCUUAGCAAAACACCAAUCAAGCAAGAUUGAUCUACUCCCAAAAGCGAAUGUUGCCCUACAAGGAAACUUCGGAUCGCGAAACCAGAGUACGUUCAAUCGACGUGCGAAUCGCAUGAAGAAACAGGAAAAUACCUUCCCCAACGUCUCGCUUUCUCAAAAACCCUAUUUUCUUCCUCAUUUUCGUCCCAUUCCUUCUUCUUUCCGGUGAGGAAAGGUCUUGGUUGACUUGACAUUUGAUCGAUAAAGAAAAUGUUGCCCGUACUUCGGCGCCGAUGUGAAACAGAGAAGGACGAGUGUGUUCAGAGCUGGAUUGUUGGAAAUGCUGAUUCAGAGAAUAAACAAAUCGUGAAUUUAAAAA